UGUCAGUUAGUUAGCCGUUAGGUUAGCAUUAGCGUGUUAGCUUGAGCAGGUCUGGUGCUGUCAGCAGAGCGGUGACAGACAGCUGAACGUCAUAUUCAUUUAUAUCUCUGGUAGCUUUGCUCUCACUACAACCCGCCACGAUGUUUGAGGAGGCCAGCGAGGUGUUUGACAACAUGUUUAAGUCGUCGUUUCCUCUCACCUUCAUCGUGUUUAUCCCCGCCGUGCUGAUCCUGGUGUCUCCGCUGCCGGCCGAGGCGGCUCAUGAGUUCACCGUGUACCGCAUGCAGCAGUACGACCUGCAGGGACAGCCCUACGGUACCAGGAAUGCCAUCCUGAAUACGGAGGCUCGUACUGUGGAAGCAGAAGUACUAAGUCGUCGCUGUGUUAUCAUGCGGCUAGCGGACUUCUCCUAUGAGGAGUACCAGAAAGCUCUGCGCCAAUCGGCCGGAGCUGUGGUCAUCAUCCUGCCCAAGAACAUGUCUACUAUGCCCCAGGACAUAGUGCAGCAGUUCAUGGAGCUGGAGCCGGAGAUGUUGGCCACCGAGACCAUCGUCCCCGUCUACUUUGCCAUGGAGGACGAUGAGCUGCUGUCCAUCUACACCCAAACCCUGACCUCGUCCUCCUCACAGGGCGCUUUAUCAGCAGCUGAAGUGCUGCUGCAUACAGCCACAGCCAACGGCUUCCAGAUGGUCACCAGUGGAGCUCAGAGUAAAGCUAUCAGCGACUGGGCCAUCACUAGUUUAGAGGGUCGCCUGGCUGGAGUCGGAGGAGAGGACCUGCCCACUAUUGUCGUGGUUGCUCACUACGACUCCUUCGGUGUCGCUCCAUGGCUGUCGUACGGAGCCGACUCAAACGGCAGCGGGGUGUCCAUGUUACUAGAGCUGGCUCGUCUCUUCUCGAAACUUUAUACCUACAAGAGGACACAUGCUGGGUACAACCUGCUGUUCUUUGUAUCUGGUGGGGGGAAGUUCAACUACCAGGGCACCAAACGUUGGCUGGAAGACAAUCUGGAUCAUACAGACUCCAGUCUGCUGCAGGACAACGUAGCCUUCGUGUUGUGUCUGGACACUCUGGGGAACGGAGACAACCUGCACCUCCACGUGUCCAAACCUCCUAAAGAGGGAUCACCUCAGUUUGCUCUGCUCAAGGAGCUGGAGAUGGUGUCUGCGAGUCAGUACCCAGAGGUCAAGUUCUCCAUGGUCCAUAAGAAAAUCAACCUCGCCGACGACAUGCUGGCCUGGGAGCACGAGCGCUUCGGGAUCCGCCGGCUGCCGGCCUUCACGUUGUCCCACCUGCCCUCCCACCGCCUGGCUCAGCGCUUCAGCAUCAUGGACUCGCGGUCAGUGUCCCCCUCCUCUCGCCACGGAGCGGGAGAGCCCCCUGCUGGGCCUCAUGUAGAUGUGCAGAAGCUCAGCAGAAACACCAAGCUGGUAGCAGAGGCGCUGGCCAGGGUCAUCUACAACCUCACUGAGAAGGGGGCUCCUGGGGACCUGCAGAUCUUCACAGAACAGAUGCAGGUGCAGGACGAGCAGCUGUCAGCAGUGGUUGACUGGCUCACAGCGCAGCCCCGAGCCGCUCAGCUGGUGGACAAAGACAGCAGCGUGGUGUCCACUCUGGAGUAUCACCUCGGACACUACCUCAAAGACGUCAAGAGACACUACGUCAAAGCUGACAAAAGGGAUCCAGAGUUUGUAUUCUACGACCAGCUGAAGCAGACCAUGAAUGCUUACAGAGUGAAGCCGGCUAUUUUUGACUUGCUGCUGGCCGUCUGCAUUGCAGCCUACUUAGGGAUGAUGUAUCUGGCGAUCCAGAACUUCGGAGUCCUGUACAGUGUUGUCCGUAGAAUCACCCAGCCCAAGGCGAAGGUCCAUUAAGGUGCACAACAACAUUUUUUUCCCCCCAGAUCCGACCUUUUCGUCAAAUCAACGAACUUUUAACCAGUAAGAACGCAGAAGCUGGGCCGAGCUGCUGUUCACAUGAUGGUUUUCAAACCAGCAGAAUCUCUUCCAUUUCUUUCAUCCUGACCCACAAACUAUGAUGUCAGAUCCUGUCCUGCUGCCAACUUAAUCCAUUUGGUCAACCAAGACCAGAAUAAUCAGGAAUCAUUUUUCUCUCUCCCUGUCUUCAUGAACGCAGAUGUCUCGUCAUUCAUUUACAAUAAUAAUCCCUCCUGUCGGACAUAUUUCAUUAUUUCACUCUACACCUCUGAGAUCUAGAUGAGAUUAAGUUCCACCGAUCACUCCUCAUUCCUCCUGUCCGUAUACUGUACGAGUGAUCGCUCUGCCAAACUGACGUCAUGUGUUGUCUCAGGCAGCUACAGGGAGAAACUGACCACACAGAGUUUAGCCCAGAAUUUCUUUUGUCGAGAGACGUGUUCACCCAACCUGGUUGUUAAAGGACGGGUUCACAUUUUUCAGUGUGCUUGAAUACAAUACUCACAUUCCCAUAAAGACUUUUAAAGAGAUAUUAAGUCGCUGUAGUUGUUCUUUCUCUCAAUACUGACUGUUUACAGAGUCCUUGUUCUGUGCAGAAACACCUUCUAAUUCUCGAUUUUGUCCUCCAUCUCUUCAGGGCUGCAACUAACCAUUAAUUUCAUUUUCGACUGAUCUGUCAAUUAGUUUUUUUUAAAUAAUCGAUCGAUCACUUUAACUAUAAAUUGUCAGAAAAUAGUGAAAAAUGUCCGAGAUGACGUCUUCAAAUUGCAUUUUCUGUCAGACUAACAAUAAAAACAGUAUAAAACAUAGAAAGGCACAAAUCACAUUAAAUAUGUUGGCGUUUGUGCUUGAGAAAUGACUUAAAGGAUGAAGUGAUUGAUUCUCUGUCGAUUGACUUAUCUUUUCAUAUAUGGGCAUAUGAGUAUUGUGUUGAGACAGACUUGGAAAAAAAUCUGAAUUUAUCCUUUUUAAAUGCAGUGAAAAUGACUCUACGAAUAACGUUUACGGAUAAGACGAGGCGUCUAAAUAAAAUGUGAAGUAGUGUUUAGAUUAUCCUGAUUCAAUUGCCUUGGUAGUGAAUUUAUUAAAAGAAACAUUCGAUUGAAUGGAAAAAAAACAUUGCCAAAUAAUUAUCGUAUGUCUCUCUCUCUCCCCCCUUUCUCCCUGUUUAAUAUAUAACGUUAUAGAAAUUUAAACCACCUUAAAAUUUUCCUUCUCACUUUUUGUGUCACCUCUUUCUGUAGUCGAGGUUUGUUUUUCCUGUUGCUGUGUCUUAUUUUUACUGCUCAAGUCUUUUUUUUUUUCAAAUCCUGAAUUGAUUAUGUCGGUGAUGUUGAUUCGUCAUCUUAAGGCUCAUGUCGAAGAAAGGUCACAAGCAACAAUCAUGCUUGUCUAAUCAGAGCACACAUGUGUUAAGCGUGUACAACGCCAACACCUAACGAGAUAAAACUCCCCCUUUACUCCUUUUUUUAUCAGCAGAAAACGUGUACUGAAUUUGACCUCCAUGCUGACUGGAGCAAAAAUGUGAUUUGACUUAAUCAGACAUUUUUAAAGCUGGUCAAGACAGCACUGCAGUAUUUAUUCACUGGAUGUCUUAAAAUGGGCAAAAGGUGUUGGAUUAAAUGGGGACAAAUAUCUUAAAACACGCCUAGAUUAUUAAUUUCAUGACAUAUUGGUGUGUGUAAAAUGAAUAUUGCAGUGUUUACUUGAUCUUUUCUCUGCUCUGGUCUUGUCUUGUUGUGGGUGAAUGGUGUUUAUUUACCAUUUUGUAUUUUCCAUGUGUUACUGCAUGACCUGUGUGUGACCCCCUCCCACCCAAAUGACAGGAUUUUUUUAUAUAUAUACCAACAUGAGGGAAAUACUGUGUGGUACAUAUGAAUUUUUAAUUUAUUGAAGCGGUUUCAUUUGUGCACUGAACUGAACUCUCCUCUGGUCUGAACUCUGUUUCGCCUCAUCCACAACACUUGAUCUUUGCAAUGAAAAUGAUAUCAGUUGUGAUUAAAUAAAUUAAAAGAAAAACACAAGGAACACGCCUCUUGUUUACUGACAUGUUUUAUUUUAUGGGAAAAAUGAAACUAUAACAUUGGCUGAAUGGUAUUAAAAUUGCAUUACAAAAGAGCAAGUUUGUGUCUUUAUCAAGUGGUAAGAUUGAGUUAAAAAUAAAAGGGUCAAUUUGUAUUGAUUACAGUGCAUCAUGAUCCAGAAAACAUGUAUCAUUAAAAUCCACUUCAACAAGA